AGCGUUAUGCUGUAUAUCUAUGCCUUUGUCAUUUAGCCUAAUCCUACUCAUAUAGAGUCGUAGCUUCCCAAUUUCAGGAGUUUAAUUUACAACCCAAAUGCAAUAUAACUAGUUGGUACAUAUCACUCAUUGGGUGGCCAAUAGUAACCUCCAUAUAUAUUUAUCCUGCUUAGGAUUCAUUCAUUUUGCCCCAACAUGCAGAGUUCCUAAACCAUUAUUCAUUGCUAAAACCAAAUUAAUUAUGGCUACCGAAGGAAGCAAUCUUUUCUUUCUCGUAAUCCUUCUUCUGCCUCUUUUACGUCUAAUCCUCAAGCACUUGAAACCAUCAACUCCACCAAUUCCUCCUGGUCCCUUCCCAUGGCCAAUCUUAGGCAAUAUUCUCCAAUUGGGAAACAAGCCCCAUGUAGCUCUAACUCAUUUUGCUCGGAUCUAUGGGCCACUCUUCUCACUAAGACUUGGAACCCAACUUGUAGUUGUAGGAUCCUCGAAGGAAGCUGCCAUGGAAAUUCUCAAGACCCACGAUAGAAUUUUAUCAGGAAGAUGCGUUCCUCACAUGGCACCAACCAAGAGUCCGGAACUUAACAAGCUAUCGCUUGGAUGGAUCGCCGAGUGCAAUGAUAAGUGGAAGUACUUACGUACUAUAUGCAAAACUGAGCUUUUCUCAUCCAAAGCAUUAGAGUCCCAAGGGUGUAUAAGAGAAGAAAAAGUUAUGGAAAUGGUUAGUUUUAUCAAGAAAAUGGAAGGGAAGGAGGUCAAAAUUAGAGAUGUAGCCAUGGCCACUGUUUUUAACUCGUUGAGUAGAAUUUUGGUAUCAAGAGACCUGAUGAGCUUGGAUCAAGAAAAUGCAGAUUUAGAAAUGAAUUCACUUCUAGAAAGAAUACUACAGUUGGCUUCUACUCCAAAUAUAUCCGACUUCUAUCCAAUAUUGGGUCGAUUUGAUUUGCAAGGCUUGCAAAAGAAAAUUACGGAAUUGCAUAAUAGGUAUUUUAACAUUUGUGAAGCCAUAGUUGAAGAAAGAAGAAAAGGCAUAAGAGGAGAUGCAUCAAGCCGAAGAGACUUUCUUGACACUCUCAUGGACAAUGGUUCCAGCAAUGAUCAAAUCAAUGUUCUGCUUUUGGAGCUUCUAUCUGCGAGUACUGACACUAGUAGCACAACGAUUGAAUGGACAAUGGCAGAACUGUUAAAGAACCCAAAAUGCAUGAAGAAAGUGCAAGCGGAAGUCGCCACAAAAGUAACCGACGGCAUAUUAUUACAUGAAUCCCAUAUUUCACAGCUAACAUAUCUUCAAGCUUGCGUCAAAGAAACCCUGAGGUUGCACCCAACAGGGCCAUUUCUUCUUCCUCAUCGUGCCACUGAUACAUGCCAAGUGAUGAAUCGUACCAUUCCAAAGAACACACAAGUGCUAGUAAAUAUUUGGGCAGUCGGACGAGACCCCAAGUAUUGGGAAGAUCCUUUAGUGUUUGAGCCAGAGAGAUUUCUCAACUCAAACUUAGAUUUUAAAGGCAAUGACUUUGAGUUUAUACCAUUUGGCUCAGGAAGAAGGAUUUGCCCUGGUCUCCCCAUGGCUACAAAGCAGGUUCCAUUGAUAGUUGCUGCCUUGAUCCAUUUUUUUGAUUGGUCUCUUGCAGAUGGAAAGGAUUUUGCCGAGUUGGACGUGACUGAGAAAUAUGGUUUAACUUUGAGGAUGCAGCAAUCCCUACUUCUCAUUCCUAAAGCUAAAGAGUUUAGGAAUGAGAAAGGGAAAGAUGAGUCCACAACAUCUCUUUAGCUUGUGUGCUAUUUUCUUUAUGGUUCUGUAAUAUCUUUAUUUUAAUGAGUUUAUCAAUUUUAUGUCACACCUUCCACCUUAACCCAACUUGAAUCAGAAUUAUAUA